AUGCCUAAACAAAUAUUUAAUUGGCUUGAUUAUUUGGCUCCAAUAAUUGUUCCACUAUGCUUUAUUGUAAUAUUAUUUGUGCUUUCACUAAUCAUCAAUUAUAUUUGGAUCACAAAAAAUGACGAUCGAACUGUUUUUGAAAAGGUUGGUAAUAAUUUUGCUAUAAAUAAUUUUUAA